GCCCUGAAGCUCACUGCAGCGCAGCGCAGGGAGUACGAGCAAGCGGUGCAGAAGACGGAGCAGCUGAAUACCAAAGCGCGCGACAAGCUGCGAGAGGCGGAAGAGAAGCUUCGUCGCAUCGAAGAAGAACUGAAAGUGAGCAAAGAGGAUUUGCAAGAACGCCAAGACAAGCGCGGCCGCUUGGCUGCUAAAGUCGAGGAUCUGGGACGAGAGAAACGCGACCUGGAGAUCUCCUUAGACACCAGCCGCAUUGAAGUGCAGCACACCAAGAGGCAGAUCGAGCAACUGGAAGAGGAGGUGAAGAACUACGUGGACUUCAAGGAUGGUUUGUCUCAGGAGAAGAGUGGGCUGACCAGCGAAGUGGAUUCCGUGAAGGCGCGCCGAGAGCAGCUGGACAAGCUGGAACAACGGCAGCGCGUGGCAGACGAGCUCCGUGGCCGCUUCCCUGACCUGGUUCUGGGCCGGAUCAGCGAGCUGCUGCUCCCGACGCAAAAGCGAUUCGACCUCCCGUUGCAGAUGUGCUGCUGGCUUCCGUUGAACGUGGAGG